CAAUCAAUAUCACACUUCUCUUUCUCUUUAGGAAAUUAACAAUUCAACAACCUUAAUAACAGCCAAAAAAAAAAAAAAAACAAAAAAAAAACACAUACACAUACACAUACACAUACAUUGGAGGGGUUAUUUGCUUUUCCCCUCCAAAAAUUCGUCACCAAUUCUUGCAUUGGUGAUGAAUUUUAUAUAUAUAAAGAAAAAAAAAAAGCAAAUAACACUUGCAAGUUUUCAUUUUACUGCAAAUAAAUAUGGCCAUGGAUGACAUGUAUGGUAGUAGUGAUGAAGAAUAUUAUAAUGGAGGUUACGAUGACGAUGAGUAUGAGGAUGAUUAUGAUCGUGCUCCUGAACCUGAAUAUGACGAUGAUUUAGCCUGUGGCAAAGCUCCUUCAUGCAGGGUAAUAAGGAAAGAAUCCCUUUUAGCAGCACAGAAAGAAGAUUUACAGAGAAUAGUAGACUUGCUUUCAUUGAAGGAACAUCAUGCACGAACCUUGCUUAUUCAUUAUCAAUGGGAUGCCGAUAAGGUCUUUGCAAUUUUUGUUGAAAGAGGAAAAGAAAAAUUGUACGCGGAAGCUGGUAUAUCAAUAGAAGAGAAAGAUGAGAAUCCUGCCUCCGACCCCUCGACUGAAUAUACAUGUGAAAUCUGCUUUGAAGAUUUCCCUGAUGAGCAAACGACGUUGAUGGAAUGCAAGCAUAGGUUUUGCAAUGAUUGUUGGACAGAGUAUUUCAUCGUAAAGAUAAAUGAUGGUAAAAGUAGACGUAUAACAUGCAUGGCUCAAAAGUGCAAAGCAAUCUGUGAUGAAGGGAAGAUUAGGGAUCUAGUAACUACGAAGGAUUCUGAUUUGGUGGAGAAGUUUGAUCGUUUUAUCCUAGAAUCAUAUAUCGAGGAUAAUAAGAGGGUUAAAUGGUGCCCUAGUGUUCCUCAUUGUGGAAAUGCAAUUCGCGUUGAGGAUGACGAGUACUGUGAAGUUGAAUGUGCAUGUGGUAAACAAUUCUGUUUUAAUUGCUUAUGUGAUCUGCACUCACCUUGUUCGUGCAUUAUGUGGGACCUUUGGAUGAAGAAGUGCGACGAUGAAGCACCAACCGUUUCUUGGAUGUCCGAGAAAACCAAGCAUUGUCCAAAAUGUUAUAAAAUUGUGGAAAAGGAUGGUGGAUGCAACCUUGUAACAUGUAUAUGUGGACAGCCAUUUUGUUGGCUCUGUGGUGAAGCUACUGGACUUGAACACACAUGGAAUAGUAUAAAAGGCCAUACUUGUGGCAGAUACAAAGAAGGUCAUUCGAAAAAUGAGGAUUCUGUAGAGGACUAUUGGCGUCUUACUCACUAUUAUCGUCGUUAUAAGGCUCAUAUUGAUUCAAUGAAGAUCGAAGCAUCUGAAUCGAGGCAAAAACUACUUGAUAAAGUCUGUACCCUUGAAGCAAAAGAUUUCCAAGUAAAAGAUUUCAGCUGGGCAAUGAGUGGACUUAAUAGACUCGCCUUAUCAAGGCGAGUUGUCGCCUGUUCAUAUCCAUUUGCAUACUACUACUUUGGAGAUCUGUUUGCGGAUGAAAUAUCAAAAAAGGAAAGGGAAAUAAAGCAGAACCUUUUCGAGGUCCAGCAGCAGCAACUUGAAACCAACAUCGAAAGACUUUCAAUGUUCUUGGAAGAGCCAUUUGCUAACUACGCUGAAGAUAAGCUUGUGGAGACAAGAAUGAAGAUUAUUACUCUCUCCACAGUAACUGAUGAUCUCUGCAAAAACUUGUACGAGUGCAUUGACAACGAUUUGCUGGUUCCUCUACAGCAAGCAACUCAUACAAUAGUUCGUUAUAGAUCCAAGGGCGUGGAGAAAGCAUCAGAACUAUAGGUGCACAUGUCACAACACAAGGCAUGGAAAACAAUUCAGGUUGCACUCUUUUUGCAUCUGACUAAAGCAUUUUCCUAACUUGUAAUAUAAUGUAGUGCUGACUGAAAUUUUGCAAGUUCUGAUCAUUAGAAGGAUGAAUUGCUCCGCGAGUUCAAGACGCUCUAAAUAUUGAGAGUAGGAUCCUGUCUUUUGUUCUUAGUGUAAAGUUAACGUUACAUGGCACAACAAUUGUACUCUUCCAUAGUUAGUAUAAGCUAGAUUGUAUUUUUUGGAAUACCAGAGGAACAAUUUCGAGUAAUUCAAUCUUUUUUUCAUCAGUA